AUGGAACAGAAAAAUGAGACACAAGUUUACAAAAUCUUUCUUCUGGGAGUUUCACAGAACUCCACUUUACAACCCUUCCUCUUUGGACUAUUCCUGUUUAUGUACCUGGUCACUGUGCUUGGGAAUUUGGUCAUCAUUCUAGUCACAAUCUCAGACUCCCACCUGCACACACCCAUGUACUUCUUCCUCUCCAACCUGUCUUUGGCAGAUAUCAGCUUCACCUCUACCAGCAUCCCAAAGAUGCUGGUGAAUAUCCAGAUCCAUAGCAAGGUCAUCACUUAUGAAGGCUGUAUCACCCAAGUAUACUUCUUCACACUCUUUGGAGUUUUGGACAGCUUGCUUUUGACAGUGAUGGCCUAUGACCGCUUCGUGGCCAUCUGUCACCCUCUGCAUUACUUGGUCAUCAUGAAUGUCAGGUUCUGUGGAUUGCUAGUGCUGGUGUCCUGGGUCACAGCUGCCUUGUAUUCCUUGUUAGAAAGCUUAAUGACAUUGAGACUGUCAUUCUGCACAGACUUGGAAAUUCCACAUUUUUUGUGUGAGUUUAAUCAAUUGAUCCUACUCGCAUGUUCUAAUACAUUUGCUAAUGAUGUGGUGAUGUAUUCUGCAUCUGUGCUUUUGGGUGGCGGUCCCUUUGUUGGUAUUCUUUACUCUUAUGCUAAAAUAGUUUCUGCUAUUCAUGCAAUCUCAUCAGCUCAUGGAAGGCAUAAGGCAUUUUCCACCUGUGCAUCUCACCUCUCUGUUGUCUCCUUAUUCUAUUUUACUAUCCUGGGUGUUUACUUUAGUUCUUCCAUUAGUGAAAACUCACAGUUGACUGCAAAAGCCUCAGUGAUGUAUAGUGUGGUCACACCCAUGCUGAACCCCUUCAUUUACAGUAUGAGGAAUGAGGACAUAAUGGGAGCUCUGAGAAGACUCUUCAGAGGGAAGUUAUGAAAAAAGUUGUUUACAGGUAGUGCAUGCUUUCAUGGUACUCUAAGGCUCAGAACUGAACACUGCUAUUCCUAAUUCUAAUAGUGAAGUAGAAUUUGCUGUUGCAAUUUAUUCCCAGAAGUUGUUACUUCUUGUAUUUCAGCUGCUGGAUGGAAUUUAAACAAGCUCAUUCAUUCGAUUUGUACUUUCUCUGAUAUCCAAUAUUUUAUGUGUCUAUUUUUUUGCCAAUGUUCUUUCUAAUUAAGCACCAGAAACAAUUUGGAUAUUU